CGGAUAUUUCAUAGAGGAACCUAGCUAGACGAUGGAAAUGUAUGAGCAGGUCACAGUUGUUCUUAACCAGAGAGGAUGGGAACUGGAAACUGAGUUAACACCAAAGGCCGAUGUGACCAAAUUCACCGUCACGGUGACAAACGAUGAGAAAUAUAUACCUGAGAGUGGGAGUGGACAAACUCUGAGCCUUCAUUACGAUGAGUAUGAAGAAUUAUGCCUAGUGAAAGAGACACUUAACGCCAAGCUGCAUCUUUCUGACGAGAUCUCAACAACCACCACUGACGUCAUGGCCUCAACCGGUUACUUGGCAGCCUCCUCCACAAUAGUUUCCUCAAGAAUUCCCUCCACAGCAGCCUCCAUGUCAAACUCUCCCAUAGCAGCUUUCUCGUCGAGUUCCUCAAUGUGGAUGUCCACAGCAGUAUCGGAGACAACUGAAGCACCAAUAUGGCCCUGGAUUCUAUGUUCUGCUAUUUUAAUCUUCCUUGGGAUAGCCUGUCUGUGAUGUUUAUGAAAAAAGAAAUCAAAAAGGUAAAUAUGUUUCUCUUUUUUCCCCAAUUUUUCAGAUAUUUCAGUCCGGUAAAUAGGGAACAUGUGGAAAGACUAUCUAGGGUUUAACAUACCAAGGAGGCGUCGAUAUAAUCUGUAUCCCAGAUAAUAAUGUACAAUGUUAAAGAUAAACAUUAUUUAUCUAUCCCAGAAUUUAAAUGAUCACAAAUUGAAAACAAAAGGAAUAUGUGUGCUUUGUUUGCUGAUAAUAUAUUUUUCAAACUUUCAGAUCUGUACACUGGAAAUGGGGUCACUGGAACCAACAACCAAUCUACAACAAACUGACGAUAUGGUAGAACAACAGACAGCUGACGAUAGCUAUACAGAGACCAUGCAACAAACCCACAGGCAUUAGAUGAGCAGGAAGAGGAACUCUGGACAAGGGUGCCCGUUCCGACUUUGUUUGACUUUAGCACUUAUAGCAACACUACUCAUAGAAAAUCAAAAUCUAGUUAGAAUUAAAAUUUAUUUGAGCUCCUAGAAUUGAGAUGAUGCUAUCUGCAUGGCCUAGUUGUAUUCCUGAAAGGAGAAAACAUAUCUGAAAUAGUUAUCAAAAUCAUUGUUAUUUUUUGACAUAGUUAAAAAAUGUUAUAUUUUAGUAUCAUUUUGGUA